UUGAAUAAUAAUUUCCGAACAAUAAUGGGGUACAAACCCCUUGCUACAUUUGCGCGAAGAUUUUCGUAAUGUCAAAUGUGCUCUCGCAUGUUGCAACUGAAGAUUACAGACGACCUUGGCCAAUGUAUAUAUACGAAGAACUGGUACAGAUUCGCGUUGAGUGCACAUCAGUCGACUGCAAGAGUGUAACGUCACAAAAAGGAUCUACCAAGUAGUGAUACAGAAUGAUAAAAGUGGUGGUAUUAUGUCUUAUAGCGGUCACAUUACCUUCUGUGAUAGGACAGACGACUCCAUCCAGCGACGACCCUAGCACCCACAGUGUGGAUGACAUCUACUCUUUAGACGAAGAGGACUUUAAGCUUUGGAUUACCGGAAGAACUCCUAAAUCAUGGGAAACCAGUACUAGGCGGUCCAGCAGUACGACACAGAGUUCGCUUUGGGAUGAUAAUCACUCAACGGAGCAGAUUGAUUCACUUCAACCAAUAACAAUUCCAAAAGAAGAACUCUUCACCGAAACCAGUACUAGGCGGUCCAGCAGUACGACACAGAGGUCCCUUUGGGAUGAUAAUCUCUCAACGGAGCAGAUUGAUUCACUUCAACCAAUAACAAUUCCAAAAGAAGAACUCUUCACCGAAACCAAUACUAGGCGGUCCAGCAGUACGACACAGAGUUCGCUUUGGGAUGAUAACCACUCAACGGAGCAGAUUGAUUCACAUCAACCAAUAACAAUUCCAAAAGAAGAACUCCUCACUGAACCAGCCCCAUCUAAUGAAACCAGGCAACAGACAGACGAAAAGUAUGAAACUGAGGGCUACGUUUAUCCUCGCCCUGAAAACCUUCAAGAUUGGCUUCAAUCCAACAUGCUUCAAUCGCAACAAAUCAACAACCAACUAUUAGCCAGCGUCAAUACACAAUCUCAGCCCUCGAGAAACGUCGGAUCGGCUCCAGGUUGUGUUACAGCCGGCCAGCCGUUCAGUUUCCGCCCGUUAUCGGCAUCGUUCCAAACAUUGGCUACCAUUCAUCGGUUCAGUGACAACUCGCCUCCCCAGCAGCAAUUACCAUUUCCGGGAAGCUCCCAUCAUGGAGAUCAGUUUUUGAAUCAAAAUCAGCAUCAACAGAAACCACAGCAACAACAACCGGAGCCUGAGAAAGCGCAAGUUCAUUCACCACCCCAGCUGCAACUUAUGCAACCAUCGUUCACUUAUGCAGGACAGCAAGGUCAACAAAUUACGACGUUUUAUGGCAGUCCGCUGUUUUAUCACCCACAACAGGUGACUUACAGUCCCGCUGUGCAACCAUUAGAAUACGGGUAUUAUUAAAAUAAUGAUAACAGAUCUUUUGUUCAAAUACUGUUUUAGAAUAAAAAAUGACUCACUACGAAA